CGGAUACAGGGACGACAGAUAUGAGAGUCGGAUCGAGAUGGAUAUAGGGACGACAGAUAUGAGAGGUCGGAUCGAGAUGGAUACAGGGGUGGCAGGUAUGAUAGAGGAGAUUGAGACGGAGACCGACGAGAUGACUUGCGCGAACGGUAUGACCGCGGGGGAUUCACGAGAGAACAACGCGACGAUUCGCGGGGGUGGUACGACUGAGGAGAUCGACGCGAUGAGUCACGCGGGCGAUACGACCAUGGAGACCGCCGGAAUUACUUCCGGGGACGAUAUGAGCAAGGAGAAUCUGGAGGAGACCGCCGCAAUGAUUUGCGCGGCCGGAAUGAGAGAGGGGGAUAUGGCGCGUCAUCCGAUCCAUGAUCUGGAAGACAUAUCAAUGUUCCCUUCGAUGAAGGAGAAUGUUGAAGCAAGGGGAGUAAAGCCGAGUAAAGGAAAGGAACCGGUUAGGAGCCAGAGCAUCAAGAUAACUUUCGAAGGAGAUAUGGCAACCACACCCAUAAGGGUGGCAUCUACCAAGUCGGCAAGGGGGUCUACAUCGAAGAAGACCGACACGGAUUACGUGAUGGCGGAGAAGGACGGACAACGGAUCGAUGGAGAGGAGGUUAUUCUUUCGCCACGAAAGCGGGGAGUGAAGAAGUUCUUGAUGAAGAGUUCGCUGGAUGAGAUUGACACGGUCGAGCCACUGAGACGGGCCCUUCGGCAACCCAUGCAGUGCUCUAUUCUGGAAUAUCUGGCGGCGUCCAAGCCGGCUUGCGACGAGUUACAGAUGAUCACGCGGAAGACUCGCACACCUCUAUCAGAGGAGACUCAGGUGACCUCAAAGGCGGAUGCUCCUACUGUAGCAGUAUCGGAGGUGACAGCUAGAGCGGAUCGCAUGGCGACAAUUCUUCUUGAUGGGAUAGAAGGUGUGCCUCCAGACAAGUUUUACAUACUUGGAAGUGGGACCGUGGAGGCGGUCCUAAACGAUGGAGCGGUUUUGGAUGCUGUGAUCGGGCAGUGAGGCUGUCAUCAUAGACGAAGAUCUGGCAGUGCAAGUUGGACUGGGCCUCGAUAGGUCGUACCUAUUCGAGAUAGAGACGGUUGAUGGGAGAAAGCAAUAGAUCACCGGGGUUUGUCACAAGGCAGCCAUAGACGUCCAAGGGGUACGAGUGACCCUGGCGGUCUUUGCAGUCAAGAGCUGCAGCUCUGACCUGCUCUUGGGACGAACGUGGUUAAGCCAUGUGCAUGCGGUGACGAUAGAGCGGCCCGACGGGAGCCAGACAUUGUCAAUCAAGAAGCUAGAUGAGG